GUCCUGCGAAACGCGGGCCUGGACCCCGAGAAGGUGCACGGCUGGGCCUUCGGCUUGGGCCUGGAGCGCUUGGCCAUGGUGCUCUUUGGCAUUCCGGACAUCAGGCUUUUUUGGUCUGACGAUGAGCGAUUCUCCAGCCAGUUCUCGCCAAAGUCGUUUGCAGAGAAGACCAGAUUCAAGCCGUUCUCCAAGUACCCCCCGGUGCUCAAGGACAUCAGCAUGUGGAUUCCAGCUGACUUUGUUGACAACGACCUCUUCGAAAUGAUCCGUGAUGAGGGCGGCGAUCAGGUUGAAAAGGUGGAUUUGAUGGACGAGUUCACGCACCCGAAGACAGGCAAGACAUCCAAGAUGUUCCGGGUGACCUGGCGAGACAUGUCCCGAACUUUGACCAACGAGGAGGUGAAUGCCAAGCACGAGAAGGUCUUGGGCCGCUUGGUGGAGGAGUUGCAGGUGGAGCUGCGUUAGCGACGUAGCAACGGAGCCAAUGAUGCCCGAGAGUAGAGUUUUCCGCGUGUUUGGUGAAAAGCAAAGAUGGGCUAUUUGUGCUAGCGCCCGGGAUAACGGCCCCACAUUCUUGCC